ACAUAAGCGGUUGUUUACAAUGACUCAACAUGUGAGAUCUUGACAUUCCCGGUAAUCGUUAAAAAUAUAUACUAACUUUGUGUGAAAAUGGAAGACAAAAUGAACGAGAUGACGGACAGACUGUCUAAGCGUGAGAAUGAAAGACAGUCAGAGAUUCAGCGCAGAAAUGAUGAGAAGGAUUCUUCCAGGUCUGUUCAAGAAAAUGUCAAAAUAUUCACAGAUACAUUUUCAAAAGAGAAAGAAAUGAUUGAAAGUGGAAUAAAUAACUGUAAACCUGAAAACAAACUAGAAACUACAACACAGUUAGAUCAGAUGUCGAAAAAUGUCAUGAAAUUACAAAAAUAUCUUGCUGAUUCAACAAUUUUCUUACCCAAGUAUGAAAUAAGACAAGCACAAGAAACCAUUGGUAAUCUCACCCAACAAAUUCAGGAGAAGCGUGAUCAGCUGGUACCAAAGAAAAAGUUUGCAUUUAGGUCAAAGAAAAAAAGUGAACAAACGAAUACAGAAUCAAAUGUGUUAGGUGAUAUAAGCAACGGUAAAGCAGCUUCCAAACCUGCAAGUGAUCUUCAGGUUGAUUUAGCGGACUGCAAAUUUGUGGAUAGUCAGGAUGUUACUUUAAUGAAGACAGAUGAAGAAAUAAACCAGAAAGAUGUUUCGCUAGCGCGAUUAACAAACUGUAGUAUUAAACUAUUUGGAGCACCAUCAACUGUACAUAUAAAAAAUUUGAACAAUUGCAAAGUAUUUUGUGGUCCGGUCUCAAGCUCAAUAUUUGUUUCCGAUUGUAAAAACUGUUUAUUUGUUAUAGCAUGCCAGCAAUUAAGGACACACAGCACAGAACAUUCAAAAUUUUAUCUUCAUGUUACUAGUAGGGCAAUUAUUGAAGAUUGCUCAAAUGUUUAUUUUGCACCUUACAAUCUGCAAUAUAAUGAUCUAGAUAAACAUUAUAAAGAAUCGGGACUGGACAAAAGUAAAAAUAAUUGGGAUGAUGUUGAUGAUUUCAAUUGGCUGGCAAGUGAUGCACAUUCACCGAACUGGUCAGUUUUGGCAGAACAAGAUCGCAUUGACAGUUUUAAGUUUUAACAAUAAACAGAUUUGGCUGAUAUAGAGUGCACACAAAUGUACAUUUUUAGAUAUUGAUAAAUCAAUAUGUUUCAUUAUAUAAAUUCAUUCUUUAUAGAUAAAUAAAAAAAACAUAAUUCUUGAGAAAAAAAACCUAUAUACAUGUAUUGAUGUCAGCUAACAUACAUUAUAUAUGCUUAUGCUGUUGUUCUGCAUUAAAGUCUUAUUUAUGUGCUCUUA